GGCAAAUUUUGUUCACACCAGCGGAGUGCUCGAGUGUUUUUAUCGCAGUUUUCACAGAAAAACUGAAGGAAAUUGCCGGAAAAGUCACGAAAAUUGUCUCAAAGGACGCCAAACACGAUGAUUAUCUACACAAAUGACGGAAACCCUCUCACACUGAAGCUGUUGAUAAGUGCAAAUGUGGCAAACAAAAAAGUGCAAGUCAAGAAAAUUGCUUUUUCGGAUCCUGCGUUGAAGGAGCCGAAGCACUUGCCAACGUUGGAACUCGACAGCGGAGUCCAAAUUUUCAGCACAAAUGCAGCUGUCAAGUUUUUAUUGCCUGUCACGAAGAACGAAUCGCUCAACGAUCAAUGGUUGGAUUGGUCCUCGACACGUCUAGCGCCUGCUUUGGCUCAUAAUUUCGCAGUUGGGCAUCGCGCGGACCCCGAUGCACGUGCCAUCCUCAAUGCCUUGGUGAAAACGUUGGAAGAUCAUUUGGCAAAAGUGAAUUUCCUCACGGGAGAUCAAGUUUCGUCAGCCGAUUGGGCAGUUUGGAGUCUCUUGGCGCCCGAUGGAACCCUAAAAGGAGCUCAAAAUAUCGAUAAUUUACUGCGAUGGUAUCGUGCUGUUCGAGAAUUUCCCGCCGUGCAAGAAGCAUUGAAAGUUUUACCUCUCAAAGAACUUCAUUUCAACUCCUUGGUCAACGCAAACCGCUUCGGAGGCGUUCAUCACAUCGUUCUUGACCCGAAAAUCGGUGACAGUAAUCUUCAGUUGUUGAAUCCCGAAACUCCUACGAUUUCGGACACCGUUUUGCCGGAAGAAAUGGAAGCAGCGCGUGAAAAUUUCGUUCCCGUUAAAGAGGUGAAGGCGCAGGAGCCUCGUGUGGUGCUGCCCAAGAAGGGAGAACGCAAUGUCCUCAUCACAUCUGCCUUGCCGUACGUCAAUAAUGUGCCGCAUUUGGGAAAUAUCAUCGGAUGUGUCUUGUCGGCGGAUAUUUUUGCGCGGUAUGCUCGUUUAUGUGGCUAUAACACGUUGUACGUUUGCGGUACGGAUGAAUAUGGCACAGCAACAGAGACGAAAGCGCUUGCCGAGAAUAUGACGCCACGGCAAAUUUGCGAUAAAUAUUUUGAGAUUCAUAAUUCGAUUUAUCGGUGGUUUGGAAUCGGGUUUGAUUAUUUUGGGCGUACGUCGACGCAGGAACAAACGCAAAUUGUGCAGGAAAUGUUCAAGGAAUUGCAGGCAGCUGGCAUGAUUGAAACCCAAACAGUCGAACAAUUGUUAUGUCAAAAGUGCGAUCGUUUCCUCGCAGAUCGUUUCGUCGAAGGAACUUGCCCUCAUCCAGGCUGCGGUUACGAAGAUGCUCGCGGAGAUCAAUGCGACGGCUGCGGAAAACUCGUCAACGCCAUCGAACUUGUUCGUCCUCGAUGCAAAGUAUGCAACAACACACCCGUUGUGCGACAAUCCAAGCAAUUUUUCAUCGAUUUGCCGAAAAUUGAACCAAAACUCAAAUCAUGGGUCGACAGUGUCGAACAAGGAUGGACCAACAAUGCUCGUGUCAUCACCCGAACCUGGUUGAAAGAAGGUCUCCGUUCACGUUGCAUCACGCGCGAUCUCAAAUGGGGCAUCCCUGUCCCGGUUCCCGGCUUCGAAUCCAAAGUUUUUUACGUGUGGUUCGACGCUCCCAUCGGAUACCUGUCCAUCACGAGCAAAUACACGAAAGAUUGGAAGCAAUGGUGGCAACCAGCUAGCGACACGAAAGUUGAGCUAUUCCAAUUCAUGGCGAAGGAUAAUGUUCCGUUCCAUUCAGUCAUGUUCCCCGCAACACUUUUGGGCAUCAAUAAAGGUCACACAAUGGUCUCGAACAUCAUGGCAACGGAAUAUCUCAACUACGAAGACGGCAAAUUCAGCAAGUCACGCGGCAUUGGCGUCUUUGGAAAUGAUGCCCAAGAAACGGGCAUCCCAUCGGAUGUGUGGCGUUUCUACCUGGCAGCUGCCCGCCCCGAGGGACAAGACUCGAGUUUCAGUUGGAACGACUUGGCAGCGCGAAAUAACUCGGAAUUGUUGAACAAUUUGGGUAAUUUCUGUAACAGAGCGCUCGUUUUCUGCGAAAAGAAUUUCGCUUCGACAAUCCCGGUCAUAAAAUUGGAGGAAGAUGAACUCAUUUUACUCGCUCUAGUCAAUCGCGAGCUCAAAGGUUACAUUCAGUCGUUGGAGAAGGCGCGUUUGCGAGACGGUAUUCGACAUUUGUUGUCGAUUUCACGACAUGGCAAUCAAUAUAUGCAAUCGCAACAGCCAUGGGUGCUUGCGAAAGGAGAUGACAAGCAAAAAACUCGUGCUGGAACAGUUAUUGGCCUUGCAUGUAACAUGGCUUGCCUUUUAGCGACUCUGUUGUUCCCUUAUAUGCCCGAUACUGCGAGAAAUUUGUUCAAACAGUUGAAUGUGCAGCAACAGAGAAUUAAUCCAGAAAAAUCUCAAAUGUCGAUGCUCCUAAAAGAGGGCCACAAAAUCGGCAAACCCACACCCCUUUUCACCAAAAUCGAACAAACCACAAUUGAUGAGUUGAAGAAAAAAUACGCCGGAGUCCAACAAGGCACUGGGGCGCCAGCGAAAAAAGAAACUACCUCAAAUAAACUUUUCGAUACUGUGGAGGAAUGCGAACGUGCUGUCGCUGAUCAGGGCGAAAAAGUCCGUAAACUCAAGGGAAGUGGCGUCGAAAAAGCUGUUUGGCAACCAGAAGUCACAAUUUUGUUGGAAUUGAAGAAACAAUUGGAAAAUUUGAAGCUCAAACUGGGACCAGGAAGUGCUCCGAAAGCAGCUGCAGCUCCGGCGGCGGCGACACCUUCUCCUAACGCUGUAAAAGAAUUGGAAGACAAAAUAACAAAACAAGGUGAAAAAGUGCGCCUUUUGAAGGGAUCAAGCGACAAAAGUGUGUGGCAACCAGAAGUCGAAGUGCUUUUAGGGCUCAAGAAACAACUUGCUGAAUUGACGGGACAACCUCUGCCCGCCCCAUCUGGCAAAAGCAAUAAGAAAAAGAAGUAAUGCAUUUUAGAAACUACCCACGGACCGUACUGUCACAGUAUUUUCCAUCACUUUUCAUCAAAAAAUCAAUAAAAACAAUAAAAAUAAAAAAGUUUUC